AAACGAACUGUCGGGUCUGUUCGGACGUCACAUGUUGUAUGAACUGUGCCACAGUACACUGCGUGUAUCAUCAUCAUUAAAAUAAUAUCAAUAAUAGCUGGCCAUCCUUAGUGCAACGUCGGACGUCAGCGGAGCGCGUUGUGUUCUAACCUCAAAAACGUCUUUUGUUAAUACGUAAUUCUAUAUUUGAAUUUUUAUUGUACAAAUCUGUUUUGUCGUUUUUUUUUUUUUUAUUGUGUGCCUGUGUUUUUUGUUUCUUCGUCCUCAAUCAUAAUGAUGGCGGACGGUGAUGUUCCAUUGGUAAACAGUUAUUUAGGCAGUGAGAUUGAAUAUGGCGCGAACGGAUCGAAAAGCGGCAAAACUAACUCCAGAAUGUCGACCCUGCUCUUCUGGCAGGGUAAGGGCAAAGGGAACGGGGCACCGAACGGCCGCAACUGGAUCCACGCUCCGGACUCGCUCGUCAAGGGCCACGUCGCCUAUCUCGUUAAGUUCCUCGGCUGCACCCAAGUAGACCAGCCGAAAGGCAUCGAGGUGGUCAAAGAUGCAAUCAAGAAACUACAGUUCACACAGCAACUGAAGAAGUCCGAAGCGAAAGAUGGCGCGAAAUGCAAGAAAGUCGAAAUAACGAUAUCUGUGGACGGUGUUGCCAUACAGGAACCACGUUCGAACAAUAUAAUGUACCAGUUCCCUCUCCACCGGAUAUCGUACUGCGCGGACGAUAAAGGCGCCAAGAAAUAUUUCUCGUUCAUCGCGAAAGGUGGCAGCACCGUUAACGGGGUCAACGGCCACGACGCUGGCAACACCGAGAGGCACGAGUGCUUCGUGUUCAUUUCCACUAAACUCGCGUCCGAGAUCACGCUCACCAUCGGACAGGCCUUCGAUCUGGCCUACAGGAGAUUCUUAAACGACAACGGCAAAUACAUCGAAAUGCAGAAGCUUUCGUUGCAAAACAAAAAGCUUGAACUGCAAAUGAAAGCGUACAGGACUAGACUUCAGGAGCUGUCGAAGGUCACGUAUAAAGACGACCUCUCCGCCUACCUGGCCAGGAACAGUCUCUCCGACAUAACAGAGUUCAAGGUACCCCAGGAGUUGGAGAAGCAGCUCGCCUCGCUGACCUUAGCGAACGGCUUCAGCGCCAUGAACGGGAACAAGACCCCUGAAAUCGGCACAGACUCCACAUCAAACAACUCAACGGACACGUUCAAUUCAAGCGACAACAAUCUGCUUCUCCCCACCCCGCCGCCGACACAUAAUGGGAAGAUGAGCGCCGGUAAGGGACUCCUCGAUCUGCCAAAGAAUCCCGUCGUAGGUCCGAGACUUGAGGAGCUAAUACUCAACUCAGAUUCGGACAGCGAUUUUGAUCCUCGCGCCCACGAAUCGGACCCCGUCCUCCGCUACCCAGGUCUGACCAUGGACAGCACGGUGUCACCGGCGCCUCCGUUACUGGCGCCGCCGCCUAAGGCGUCGAAACGUCAAACGCCGCCGCACAACCCGGCGACGCCGCCGCACCAGCCGACGACGCCGCGGCGAGCGCCCGCCGCGAACCCGAGCGACCUGUUCGGCUCGGCGCCGUUCGUGCACAGCUCUACGCCCGCGCAAGCUCCGUUCGCGCCGACGCCCAACUACAACAUAAGCGACUUCAACCUCCAAACAUCGGUGUUCACGGCGAACCUCACCGGCUACGAUCCGUUCGAAGCUCAGAAGACGGGCGCGAACAUAUUCGGGAACGAUUACGCGAACGCGUUCGCCGGCUUCGGGAAUCUGAGCGACAAACAGACGGUCGAAUUGAACAGCAGCUUCAACGGGUUCCUAGAUAAGACCAUAUCGGAGAUGAAGGACGGAUUCACGAGGGGCAUAACGUUCGGAAACGACGAUUUCUCAAUAGACAAUCUCGAUCCUUUAAAGAAAAAUUAAAAGAACGAUAAAUAAUAUAUAAUUUAAAUUAAAAAAACGAAAACACAAAAAUAAUUUAAUAAAAUGCGAUGUUAGGAAUGUAUUUGAAAAGACAUAGGGAACAUAUCUAAAAUGCCUAUGUUUUUUUGUUAAAUAAUUUGCUUGACGAUUUUAGCAAGCCUACUGCGCGUUAAUAUUUAUAUUAAAUCGAUGGUCCCUGUAUGAAUAAAAGCAUGAAACAAGUUUUGAUAUUGAACACAAAAAAUAUAGCUUGGACGUUUAUGCGUAUGUCAAAUUUCAUAAUUUAAUGCAACAUAAAAAAAAAACAAUCGACUUUGAUUUAUGAUUUAUAUAGAUAUAAUUUGAGAGACAUGAGAGUUUGAAAGUGUCCUCUACUAAAGGCAUCUUAUUCACAUUAAGCUCAUAAAUACUUAACAUAUUUACAUUAACAUAAAAAAUACAUAUAUAACACAAUUUACUUUCGUUUUGAGCCGUUUCCUAUAGUUCUGUGUUGCUAAUUUUUUAAUAAUAUAAAUAAAGUCUACACAAAUCAUUAAUACACGAAAUACACUAAUUUGAAUUUUAGUGAGUGGAACCCUACUUCAUUUUAAUAAAACUUCAAAUUAAUGAAACGUCACGAGAAUGUUGACGUAUUUAGAGCAAGCCCUUGAAUGAUAAUCUGUACAGCCUUAACUGAAGUCAAAUUUACCACAACUCCUGUAAUUGUUUUUCGCUAGGUCAUAUUAUGUGAAGAGGUUCUAAAAUAGAAAAAAAGAAAUUGAGGUUUAGUUAACGAAGCUUACGGAUUAAUUUUGAUAGGGAGAACAGUGCAGCCAUGAUGUUUUUUUUUUCUUCUUUUAAACAGUUAACGCUUUCAUUGUUGUCUGUAUCUUGAAUUAUGUGUUUAAAUUUCAUUCGCACAUUAACGUUAAAGUCAAAUUUGUAUUAAACGUGUAAUAUCCAGCCAGAAAUAAUAACAAUAUUUAUAUUGACACACUCCAGGGACCGUCGAAAAAACUAUGCAAAACUAAUAAAAGAAACAAUGUAUUUUUAGUUAGAUAACUAGUUUUUAAACUAAAUUAUGUGCGAACGCAUCGUUAUAGUGUUGCCAUCGCUAUUGGUCACGAAUAUUUGUGCGUCAGUGAUAGUAGAAUUUAUUAGAAAUUUCUUAAAGCGUUGCGUCGAGUAGAUGUAGCUUUGUGAGCUAAAAAGUGAGUCCGUUGCGAGGAAGCUUUACUCUAGUUGUCAAUUAGGUUCGUUCUGAAUUGAAUGUACCGUUGUCACGCUCAAACAUGCUCAAGCUCAACAAAUAUUAGUGACAUCUGGGUAAUGAAUCAUCAGAUCCUUUGUCUUGAGCAUAAGAUCUGUCAAGUCAAAGUUGCUGUCAUCUGUAACAUAAUUUGACAGUAAUAAAUUGUCACAAAAAUCCUCAUUUUAAAUGAUUCACUUUUAUUAGUUCCAAACGCUCUCAUCUCCUUCCUCAAUGUGUUCUCAUCUAGAGAUAUAUUUUUGUAAACGUUAUAUUAUUCUAUAAUAUUAAUCGUGAAUAAAACAAAACUUAUACAUAUAGAUGAAUCUCGAAAUAUUAUGAAUUAUGACUUAAUAAAUAAAUCUGAGCUAAAAAUUAAUGCUAAAUAUGAAUAUUACAACAAAAAGUAUUAGAAUAUAUUUGAGUCAUUAGUGUCAUUAGAGACAGCACUAAAAGUUAUAUCUAUAUCAUCAUAUAUACAUUAUACAUAUAUUAUAAAUUAAACAGGAUAAGCCAUAUAGAUAUAUUAUAUUAUAUAAAUAAACUAUGUCCCAGUGUUUUUAGUUUACUAAUUAAAAAAUAUACAUAUCACCAUGAUCUAAAGACAUCUAAUCCCAAUCUAACUUAUGAAACAAUUUAAAAAAUAAUUUUGCUGUCUUUGUUAUUAAUUGACUCAAAUCUUUUAAAACUUGGGUAAUCUCUUUUAAGACUUGUUAAAAUUCAUUUUAGAUCUUUAAAAUGGAUUAAAAUUUUAAAAUGCUCAAUGUCAUUCCACUAAGUGCCUUUAAAGAUAAUGAAUUGAAUUUAAAAUUAAUAUGUGAUUAUGAUGUUUAUAAAACUUAUUUCACCAGUAGUUUUUUUUUUUAAGAAAAACGAAAAUGUGUGUUUUGUUUAAAGUAUUCUAACAAUAAAGUUUAGGACCAAAAUUGUUAUGAAUUAAAAUUAAAUUUGAAGUGAGCCUCCUUAUGUUCUGUGAUAAUUCUCUUCAAGUUGGGGGUCUUCAAAUUGUAUAUUUUCUAUUUAAAAAAUAUAAUUGUAAAAAUCCAGAGUGCGACUGAAGUAUUUGAACGGAAGAAAAAAAACCUUGUAAAUAAACAGCCAUUUUGGUAUUGCUAAUUUUUUUUUUCAAUAAGCCUAUGAUGUCAUAGGCAUUGCAUUCGAAAUUUAAAAUUUAGUAAAUUAAACUAACUAUUUUAGAUGCCACUCAUAAUAUCUUAAUAAUUUAAAAAUACCAAAUAAUUACAGUUAACUGUAUACAUUGGAUAAACUGAGUCAUUAUCUCUUUCAUCAACGAAACACUGAUAGGAAUCACAAACUAGCAAACAUUGACAGCCAUAAUUCCUAACACUGCUUAAAAAGUUUUUUUUAGGAUUUAAUAGUCGGUAAUGAGACCUUAAAGCCAAAAAGAAUGAAACAGCAAUACCAAAAGGCGAAUUACUAACAUAAUAUUAAAACUGUAACAAGAGGAAGACAUUGUAGCUGUAAGUUUAAAUACAUUCCGUGAAUAUUAAGUAUUUUAAAAUAAUAACUUUAUUUUUGGAGAAUCGUAUUUGAUACGGACAAAGAUUAAAAUAAAUAUUUAAAACAAAACUCAUUAUUAGUAUUAUAAAUUCAUUAGUAAUUUAGUUUUGAAUUGUACAAGGAAAUGACUACAAUUUCGACUCUUUACUAAAGCCAGACUCUAACCACUCAUCAUCAAAUGAGCUGUAAACUUGUCUGCAUUUGAAGUCAAAACAAAAAUACCGUAUGUUCCUGUACAAAAUUCUUCUUUAAAUUUUCUAAUCCAAGAAAUUGAAAUCUAGGAAGACAACUAAAUUUUUUUUAUUUACAUUUUUGAACCAUCGUGUUCAAACCUUUGAACAUUUUUGGAUGCAAAGUAGAUCCGAAUUAAAAACUCUUAGGUCUCCUGUCGCUUUUUUAAUUUUUGUCCGGGUCAAAACGAUUUUAUAUUAAUGAUAUUAUUAAAAUAAGUUUUAUAUUCUAAGUACCUAUCAUAAACUACUGUUGUAUGGUGUUUUAUAUUAGUGGAAUAUUAUUGUUUUUAUUAUUGUAUACACUAAUGUUACUAUAAGGCCAAAUGAUAUACAUAAUUGUGUAUUUUCAAUAAUAAAUUUAUGUUUAUAAAAA